AUGGGCUUUGAUGAGAGCGUAUCGGCGCUCCUCUUGACGUAUGACAACUGUCUGGCCCUGCUGAAGGCCUUCAAGCGGCAGAAGAAGCAAGAUGGGUCCCGCAAGACCACCAAGACUAGCGAGCGGCAGGCCCUACUGAGGCGCUCGCUGAGGACAGACCGGAGGAAGGUCGAGAGCGCGUACUCGUCACGGGUGUCCGUGGCUGGGAGCCGUUUCGAGAAAGGCGACUCAAAAGCGAGGUCAGCGCUCGACAAGGUACUGAAGAGGCUCAACGCCGCCAUCAAGAGCCUCAUACGGCUGGCGAGCAAGGGUCCCAACCCGGCCCUGGACUACCAGUCGCUGACGUCGCUGUCCAACUCGUCGAGGUUGCAGGCGAUUAAGACGUUUGAUCAGCUCUCCCACCGUUUGGAUAGCAAGGCGUCUCAUGGCUCGGUCGUCUCGGCGAACACC